CUCAGGACGUGCGGCCGGGACCGCGCGGGGCCUGGCUCGCUGCCCUUCAGCGUCCAGUCGCUGCUGGAGGCAGAGCGCGCGGAACCCCGGGAGGAGAGGCCGCGGGGCACCGCGGAACCCGGGGCCUGGUUCCCGCCGGUCGCCCCCUCAUCCUCCCCACGCGUCCCCAGCCCUCCACCCUGCACCCUCCGGAAACACAAGAACAACCGCAAGCCGCGGACGCCCUUCACCGCCGCACAGCUGCUGGCGCUGGAGCGCAAGUUCCGCCAGAAGCAGUACCUGCCCAUCGCCGAGCGCGCCGAGUUCUCCAGCAGCCUGAGCCUCUCCGAGACGCAGGUCAAGAUCUGGUUUCAGAAUCGCCGAGCAAAGGCCAAGCGACUGCAGGAGGCCGAGCUGGAGAAGCUGAAGCUUGCGGCCAAGCCGCUGCUGCCCUCAUUCGCCCUACCCUUCCCCCUGGGCGCCCACCUUCACCGCUCCCCGGCGGUGUAUGGCGGGGGCGCGGCGGGCCCCCGGCCCCACGUGCCAAGGCUCUUCGCCCCGCCGUGGCUGCCUACAGCGUGUAUUACCUGUCCUAGGGCUGCGAGGCCCUAGGGCCUGGGGGUCCGCUGGGGAGAGAGGGCUCGAGCUGGGGGUGUUGUUUUGCACCACCCAGGCCAGCUGGUCCCAGGGCCGGACACUGGUCCCCACCCGCCGGCAGCACCCCAGGCAGCUUUCGCGCCCUGGGCAGGCACUGCUGCUCCUAGUGGGCCGUGGGCGUCUAUGUGUUCCUUUUGUCUUGUUUUUCAGGGUUUUGUUUUUGUUAAUACAGUGUUAUAAUUGAUGCCGCAAGCCUACUUGUGGGUGUCUUACAGAUAUUUAAAAACUU